AAAAAAAAAAUCCUUUUUCUUUUCAAGUUAGAUAACAUUCAGUUGAUAUUUACGAGUUUUGUCAAAGUUUAACAGCAUUUAAGGAUUUGUUUAAACAUAUAAAAAUAAUUAAUUGUUUUUCUCUAAUAUCAGAGUAAAAUGUUUUACAACUUUGCAUACAUAUUUAUGGUAUCCAUUUACUUACAAUCUUUCGUAGUUACUGAUGCUUCCAUAAAUAUUUUAAAACCACAGAACAAUGAAGUUUUAUUUAAAUUAACGAAUGCAAAAGCAGAUGAAAUUAAUGUUGAAGCUGAAAAUAAUUUGAAUCAACAAGCAACAGCAUGUGAUUGUGGAGAGAAUUCUAUUAGUUGCAAAGUCAUUGAUGAAAAGAAGAUUUGCCUCUGCAAAGAAGGAUAUGUUCAGGGAAUCGAUGAAAUUUGCAUUGAGACUUGCAAUGAAACGCAAACAUGCAAAAAUGGAGGGUCUUGCCUGCAACAUUUUUGUGUCUGCUUACCUGGGACGUCUGGACCUUUUUGUGAAAGCAUUUACGAUUGUUUGCACACUGAUAUGUGUAGAAAGGAUGAUAAUACAGACUGUUCUUAUGAUGUGGAUAGACAAAAGGCCUACUGCAGAUGCAGUACAAUGGAGUAUAGAUUUGAUGCAGCUACCAAAACAUGCCGAAGUUGUUUGUGUACAUAUUGGGCUUCUCAGGAUUUAGGAUCAUUUAGCUGGUGUGAUUACCAGCAAGGUCGACAAGUGUGUGUGUGCACAGUGGGCUAUUCAUACAACCCACACAGUGAAGAAUGUAAAAGUUCGUAUAUGAAAAUCCACUCUAUAUUAUACCUCUAUGUUAAAUCUACACAAUAUCUUAACUACUCUGGAUUAAAAUUUACUUCUACAUUAUCAUUUUUAACCAUUAAGGGGAUAUAUAGGGCCUUUGCAUCUGAACAAGAUAUUGCUUCAGUUUUCUGUCACAUAUAACUGUUUACACUGUGA